UAAGAAUUACAAUUUUAUGAAAUUUCAAAGAGUGUGGAUCAUCUGAUUGUUAUACGAUCGUUAAAAUUUGACAACGAGAUGAAUUAAUUUCACAAUGCAAGAGAUAAUCUGUCUUUUAGUCGCAUUUUUAACACUUUCGCAUGGUGAAUUUAACUUGGAAAAUGAUCUGAGUUAUCAACGAAGACUUUACAAUAUUGAAAAUGAGACACAUAAUUACAAUAACUUAGAAAGACAUGCGAGUUUUGAACGACCACAGUAUUCUCAAUUUCAUCGUUUCAAAUGCACAGAAUCAGGUCUCUAUGCCGAUGAAAAUGAUUGCCAAACAUAUUAUGAAUGUACGAAAACUGAGAACAAACAUCACCUUGAAUUUCGUCAAAUAGUUCACAAAUGCAAUUCUAACAAAGUUUUUUCGUAUGCAUAUGGUGGUACUUGUAUACAACCUCAUGAAAGUAAAAGAGUGAAAUGCAGUGGUUAUUCGCGGUUCAAAAGAGCAGCAGAAGUGCUGAAUACAGAUAAAGAACAUAAUACAGAUUUUAAAGUUUCAGGAACUUCUUCAAAUAUAUCGUUUAGUAUAACAAAAAACAAUAACUCAAAUAAAAUAAACAAAAAGGAAAAUAGCGAAGAACAUAAAGUGCAGAAAACAUCACAACAUGAUACAAAUAAUAAGCAAAAUGAGAACAAAAAAAAGAAGAAAAAAAAAGAAAAAGAUAGUGAUGACUCAAGCAGAAGUAAUAGCAGUAGCAAUAGCAGCGAAGAACGUAUAAAAAAAUCGAAAAAGAAAAAAGGGGCAAACAAAGAAAUAGAAAUUACAAUGCAACAUGUUUUGCAAGAAGAAUAUCCCGUAAGCAAGGAGGAUGAUCAGAGCAAUGAAAUUACAAUUGCUAUCCCUGAGAUUCUUCCUGAGAAUCAAUCCAAAAAUAAAGAGAAAAAAAAUAAAAAUAAGAAAGAUGAUAAAAAAAAAAAAAAAGCGAAACAGAGCAGUGAAGAUUCGAAUAGCAGUGAAAAGCAUCCAAAAAAACCUAAAAAGAAAAAAGGUACAAGCAAAGAAAUCCCAACGCAACAAAUCAUUACACAACAUAGCUCGGUAGAAGAAUACUCCGGAAGCAAGGAGGAUGAUCAGAGCGAUGAAUUUACUAUCUCUGAGAUUCUUACUGAGAAUCAAUCCAAAAACAAGAACAAUAAUAAAAAUGAUAAGAAAGAUGACAAAAAGAAAAAAAAAACGAAACAUAGUAGUGAAGAUUCGAACAGUAGUGAAAAGCAUCCAAAAAAACCUAAAAAGAAAAAAGGAACAAGCAAAGAAAUAGAAGUCCAAACGCAACAAACCAUUACACAACGCAUAUCGUCAGAAGAAUAUUCCGGAAGCAACGAGGAUGAUCAGAGCAAUGAAUUUACUAUUCCUAAGAUUCCUCUUGGAAAUCAAUCCAACAGUAAAGAGAACAAUAAUAUAAAUGAUAAGCAAGGUGAUAAAAAAGAGAAAAAAGGUAAACAUAGUCAUGAAGACUCGAGCAGCGGUGAAAAGCACACGAAAAAACCUAAAAAGGAGAAAGGUGCAAGCAAAGAAAUAGGAGUCACAACACAACGAAGCACUUCAGAACGCGUUUCGCCAGAAGAAUACUCCGGAAGCAAAGAGGAUGAUCAGAGCAAUGAAUUUACUAUUCCUAAGAUUCCUCCUAAAAAUCAAUCCAAUAGUAAAGAGGACAAUAAUAAAAAUGACAAGCAAAGUUUAAAGAAAGAGAAAAAAGGUAAACAUAGUCAUGAAGACUCAGGCAGCAGUGAAAAACAUGCAAAAAAACCUAAAAAGGAGAAAGGUGCAAGCAAAGAAAUAGGAAUCACAACACAACGAACCACUUCAGAACUCGUCUCGCCAGAAGAAUAUUCAGGAAGCAAAGAGAAUGAUCAGAGCAAUGAAUUUACUAUUCCUAAGAUUCCUCCUGGAAAUCAAUCCAACAGUAAAGAGAACAAUAAUAAACAUGAUAAGCAAGGUGAUAAGAAAGAGAAAAAAGGCAAACAUAGUCAUGAAGAUUCGGGCAGCAGUGAAAAGCACGCAAACAAACCUAAGAAGGAGAAAGGUGCAAGCAAAGAAAUAGGGAUCACAACACAACAAACUACUACACAACGCGUUUCGCCAGAAGAAUAUUCCGGAAGCAACGAGGAUGAUCAGAGCAAUGAAUUUACUAUUCCUAAGAUUCCUCCUGGAAAUCAAUCCAACAGUAAAGAGAACAAUAAUAUAAAUGAUAAGCAAGGUGAUAAAAAAGAGAAAAAAGGUAAACAUAGUCAUGAAGACUCGAGCAGCGGUGAAAAGCACACGAAAAAACCUAAAAAGGAGAAAGAUGCAAGCAAAGAAAUAGGAAUCACAACACAACGAAGCACUUCAGAACGCGUUUCGCCAGAAGAAUACUCCGGAAGCAAAGAGGAUGAUCAGAGCAAUGAAUUUACUAUUCCUAAGAUUCCUCCUGGAAAUCAAUCCAACAGUAAGGAGAACAAUAAUAAACAUGAUAAGCAAGGUGAUAAGAAAGAGAAAAAAGGUAAACAUAGUCAUGAAGAUUCGGGCAGCAGUGAAAAGCACGCAAAAAAACAUAAGAAGGAGAAAGGUGCAAGCAAAGAAAUAGGGAUCACAACGCAACAAACCACUACACAACGCGUUUCGCCAGAAGAAUAUUCCGGAAGCAAAGAGGAUGAUCAGAGCAAUGAAUUUACUAUUCCUAAGAUUCCUCCUGGAAAUCAAUCCAACAGUAAAGAGAACAAUAAUAAACAUGAUAAGCAAGGUGAUAAGAAAAAGAAAAAAGGCAAACAUAGUCAUGAAGAUUCGGGCAGCAGUGAAAAGCACGCAAAAAAACCUAAGAAGGAGAAAGGUGCAAGCAAAGAAAUAGGGAUCACAACGCAACAAACCACUACACAACGCGUUUCGCCAGAAGAAUAUUCCGGAAGCAAAGAGGAUGAUCAGAGCAAUGAAUUUACUAUUCCUAAGAUUCCUCCUGGAAAUCAAUCCAACAGUAAAGAGAACAAUAAUAAACAUGAUAAGCAAGGUGAUAAGAAAGAGAAAAAAGGCAAAUAUAGUCAUGAAGAUUCGGGCAGCAGUGAAAAGCACGCAAAAAAACCUAAGAAGGAGAAAGGUGCAAGCAAAGAAAUAGGGAUCACAACGCAACAAACCACUACACAACGCGUCUCGCCAGAGGAUUAUUCCGGAAGCAAGGAGGAUGACCAGAGCGAUGAAAUUACUAUCCCUAAGAUACCUCCUGGGAAUCAAUCCAACAGUAAAGAGAACAGUAAUAAAAAUGAUAAUCAAAGUGACAAAAACGAGAAGAAAGAUAAACAUAGUCAUGAAGACUCCAGUAGCAAUGAAAAGGAUACGAAAAAACCUAAAAAGGAGAAUGAUGCAAGCAAGGAAAUAGAAAUCACAACGCAACAAAUCACUACACAACACGUCUUGCCAGAGGAAUUUUCCGGAAGCAAGGAGGAUGAUCAGAGCGAUGAAAUUACUAUCCCUAAGAUUCCUCCUGGGAAUCAAUCCAACAGUGAAGAGCACAGUAAUGAAAAUGAUAACCAAAGUGACAAAAACAAGAAGAAAGAUAAACAUAAUCAUGAAGACUCAAGUAGCAAUGAAAAACAUACGAAAAAACCUAAAAAGGAGAACGAUGCAAGCAAGGAAAUAGAAAUCACAACGCAACAAAUCACUACACAACACAUCUUGCCAGAGGAUUAUUCCGGAAGCAAGGAGGAUGAUCAGAGCGAUGAAAUUACUAUCCCUAAGAUACCUCCUGGGAAUCAAUCCAACAGUAAAGAGAACAGUAAUAAAAAUGAUAAUCAAAGUGACAAAAACGAGAAGAAAGAUAAACAUAGUCAUGAAGACUCCAGUAGCAAUGAAAAGCAUACGAAAAAACCUAAAAAGGAGAAUGAUGCAAGCAAGGAAAUAGAAAUCACAACGCAACAAAUCACUACACAACACAUCUUGCCAGAGGAUUAUUCCGGAAGCAAGGAGGAUGAUCAGAGCGAUGAAAUUACUAUCCCUAAGAUUCCUCCUGGGAAUCAAUCCAACAGUGAAGAGCACAGUAAUGAAAAUGAUAACCAAAGUGACAAAAACAAGAAGAAAGAUAAACAUAAUCAUGAAGACUCAAGUAGCAAUGAAAAACAUACGAAAAAACCUAAAAAGGAGAACGAUGCAAGCAAGGAAAUAGAAAUCACAACGCAACAAAUCACUACACAACACAUCUUGCCAGAGGAUUAUUCCGGAAGCAAGGAGGAUGAUCAGAGCGAUGAAAUUACUAUCCCUAAGAUUCCUCCUGGGAAUCAAUCCAACAGUAAAGAGAACAGUAAUAAAAAUGAUAACCAAAGUGACAAAAACGAGAAGAAAGAUAAACAUAGUCAUGAAGACUCGAAUAGCAAUGAAAAACAUACGAAAAAACCUAAAAAGGAGAAAGAUGCAAGCAAAGAAAUGGGAUUCACAACGGAACGAAUCACUACACAACGUGUCUCGCCAGAGGAAUAUUCUGAAAGCAAGGAGGAUGAUCAGAGCGAUGAAAUUACUAUCCCUAAGAUUCCUCCUGGGAAUCAAUCCAACAGUGAAGAGCACAGUAAUGAAAAUGAUAACCAAAGUGACAAAAACAAGAAGAAAGAUAAACAUAAUCAUGAAGACUCAAGUAGCAAUGAAAAACAUACGAAAAAACCUAAAAAGGAGAACGAUGCAAGCAAGGAAAUAGAAAUCACAACGCAACAAAUCACUACACAACACAUCUUGCCAGAGGAUUAUUCCGGAAGCAAGGAGGAUGAUCAGAGCGAUGAAAUUACUAUCCCUAAGAUUCCUCCUGGGAAUCAAUCCAACAGUAAAGAGAACAGUAAUAAAAAUGAUAACCAAAGUGACAAAAACGAGAAGAAAGAUAAACAUAGUCAUGAAGACUCGAAUAGCAAUGAAAAACAUACGAAAAAACCUAAAAAGGAGAAAGAUGCAAGCAAAGAAAUGGGAUUCACAACGGAACGAAUCACUACACAACGUGUCUCGCCAGAGGAAUAUUCUGAAAGCAAGGAGGAUGAUCAGAGCGAUGAAAUUACUAUCCCUAAGAUUCCUCCUGGGAAUCAAUCCAACAGUGAAGAGCACAGUAAUGAAAAUGAUAACCAAAGUGACAAAAACAAGAAGAAAGAUAAACAUAAUCAUGAAGACUCAAGUAGCAAUGAAAAACAUACGAAAAAACCUAAAAAGGAGAACGAUGCAAGCAAGGAAAUAGAAAUCACAACGCAACAAAUCACUACACAACACAUCUUGCCAGAGGAUUAUUCCGGAAGCAAGGAGGAUGAUCAGAGCGAUGAAAUUACUAUCCCUAAGAUUCCUCCUGGGAAUCAAUCCAACAGUAAAGAGAACAGUAAUAAAAAUGAUAACCAAAGUGACAAAAACGAGAAGAAAGAUAAACAUAGUCAUGAAGACUCGAAUAGCAAUGAAAAACAUACGAAAAAACCUAAAAAGGAGAAAGAUGCAAGCAAAGAAAUGGGAUUCACAACGGAACGAAUCACUACACAACGUGUCUCGCCAGAGGAAUAUUCUGAAAGCAAGGAGGAUGAUCAGAGCGAUGAAAUUACUAUCCCUAAGAUUCCUCCUGGGAAUCAAUCCAACAGUGAAGAGCACAGUAAUGAAAAUGAUAACCAAAGUGACAAAAACAAGAAGAAAGAUAAACAUAAUCAUGAAGACUCAAGUAGCAAUGAAAAACAUACGAAAAAACCUAAAAAGGAGAACGAUGCAAGCAAGGAAAUAGAAAUCACAACGCAACAAAUCACUACACAACACAUCUUGCCAGAGGAUUAUUCCGGAAGCAAGGAGGAUGAUCAGAGCGAUGAAAUUACUAUCCCUAAGAUUCCUCCUGGGAAUCAAUCCAACAGUAAAGAGAACAGUAAUAAAAAUGAUAACCAAAGUGACAAAAACGAGAAGAAAGAUAAACAUAGUCAUGAAGACUCGAAUAGCAAUGAAAAACAUACGAAAAAACCUAAAAAGGAGAAAGAUGCAAGCAAAGAAAUGGGAUUCACAACGGAACGAAUCACUACACAACGUGUCUCGCCAGAGGAAUAUUCUGAAAGCAAGGAGGAUGAUCAGAGCGAUGAAAUUACUAUCCCUAAGAUUCCUCCUGGGAAUCAAUCCAACAGUGAAGAGCACAGUAAUGAAAAUGAUAACCAAAGUGACAAAAACAAGAAGAAAGAUAAACAUAAUCAUGAAGACUCAAGUAGCAAUGAAAAACAUACGAAAAAACCUAAAAAGGAGAACGAUGCAAGCAAGGAAAUAGAAAUCACAACGCAACAAAUCACUACACAACACAUCUUGCCAGAGGAUUAUUCCGGAAGCAAGGAGGAUGAUCAGAGCGAUGAAAUUACUAUCCCUAAGAUACCUCCUGGGAAUCAAUCCAACAGUAAAGAGAACAGUAAUAAAAAUGAUAACCAAAGUGACAAAAACGAGAAGAAAGAUAAACAUAGUCAUGAAGACUCCAGUAGCAAUGAAAAGCAUACGAAAAAACCUAAAAAGGAGAAUGAUGCAAGCAAGGAAAUAGAAAUCACAACGCAACAAAUCACUACACAACACAUCUUGCCAGAGGAUUAUUCCGGAAGCAAGGAGGAUGAUCAGAGCGAUGAAAUUACUAUCCCUAAGAUUCCUCCUGGGAAUCAAUCCAACAGUGAAGAGCACAGUAAUGAAAAUGAUAACCAAAGUGACAAAAACAAGAAGAAAGAUAAACAUAAUCAUGAAGACUCAAGUAGCAAUGAAAAACAUACGAAAAAACCUAAAAAGGAGAACGAUGCAAGCAAGGAAAUAGAAAUCACAACGCAACAAAUCACUACACAACACAUCUUGCCAGAGGAUUAUUCCGGAAGCAAGGAGGAUGAUCAGAGCGAUGAAAUUACUAUCCCUAAGAUUCCUCCUGGGAAUCAAUCCAACAGUAAAGAGAACAGUAAUAAAAAUGAUAACCAAAGUGACAAAAACGAGAAGAAAGAUAAACAUAGUCAUGAAGACUCGAAUAGCAAUGAAAAACAUACGAAAAAACCUAAAAAGGAGAAAGAUGCAAGCAAAGAAAUGGGAUUCACAACGGAACGAAUCACUACACAACGUGUCUCGCCAGAGGAAUAUUCUGAAAGCAAGGAGGAUGAUCAGAGCGAUGAAAUUACUAUCCCUAAGAUUCCUCCUGGGAAUCAAUCCAACAGUGAAGAGCACAGUAAUGAAAAUGAUAACCAAAGUGACAAAAACAAGAAGAAAGAUAAACAUAAUCAUGAAGACUCAAGUAGCAAUGAAAAACAUACGAAAAAACCUAAAAAGGAGAACGAUGCAAGCAAGGAAAUAGAAAUCACAACGCAACAAAUCACUACACAACACAUCUUGCCAGAGGAUUAUUCCGGAAGCAAGGAGGAUGAUCAGAGCGAUGAAAUUACUAUCCCUAAGAUUCCUCCUGGGAAUCAAUCCAACAGUAAAGAGAACAGUAAUAAAAAUGAUAACCAAAGUGACAAAAACGAGAAGAAAGAUAAACAUAGUCAUGAAGACUCGAAUAGCAAUGAAAAACAUACGAAAAAACCUAAAAAGGAGAAAGAUGCAAGCAAAGAAAUGGGAUUCACAACGGAACGAAUCACUACACAACGUGUCUCGCCAGAGGAAUAUUCUGAAAGCAAGGAGGAUGAUCAGAGCGAUGAAAUUACUAUCCCUAAGAUUCCUCCUGGGAAUCAAUCCAACAGUGAAGAGCACAGUAAUGAAAAUGAUAACCAAAGUGACAAAAACAAGAAGAAAGAUAAACAUAAUCAUGAAGACUCAAGUAGCAAUGAAAAACAUACGAAAAAACCUAAAAAGGAGAACGAUGCAAGCAAGGAAAUAGAAAUCACAACGCAACAAAUCACUACACAACACAUCUUGCCAGAGGAUUAUUCCGGAAGCAAGGAGGAUGAUCAGAGCGAUGAAAUUACUAUCCCUAAGAUUCCUCCUGGGAAUCAAUCCAACAGUAAAGAGAACAGUAAUAAAAAUGAUAACCAAAGUGACAAAAACGAGAAGAAAGAUAAACAUAGUCAUGAAGACUCGAAUAGCAAUGAAAAACAUACGAAAAAACCUAAAAAGGAGAAAGAUGCAAGCAAAGAAAUGGGAUUCACAACGGAACGAAUCACUACACAACGUGUCUCGCCAGAGGAAUAUUCUGAAAGCAAGGAGGAUGAUCAGAGCGAUGAAAUUACUAUCCCUAAGAUUCCUCCUGGGAAUCAAUCCAACAGUGAAGAGCACAGUAAUGAAAAUGAUAACCAAAGUGACAAAAACAAGAAGAAAGAUAAACAUAAUCAUGAAGACUCAAGUAGCAAUGAAAAACAUACGAAAAAACCUAAAAAGGAGAACGAUGCAAGCAAGGAAAUAGAAAUCACAACGCAACAAAUCACUACACAACACAUAUUGCCAGAGGAUUAUUCCGGAAGCAAGGAGGAUGAUCAGAGCGAUGAAAUUACUAUCCCUAAGAUUCCUCCUGGGAAUCAAUCCAACAGUGAAGAGCACAGUAAUGAAAAUGAUAACCAAAGUGACAAAAACAAGAAGAAAGAUAAACAUAGUCAUGAAGACUCAAGUAGCAAUGAAAAACAUACGAAAAAACCUGAAAAGGAGAACGAUGCAAGCAAGGAAAUAGAAAUCACAACGCAACAAAUCACUACACAACACAUAUUGCCAGAGGAUUAUUCCGGAAGCAAGGAGGAUGAUCAGAGCGAUGAAAUUACUAUCCCUAAGAUUCCUCCUGGGAAUCAAUCCAACAGUGAAGAGCACAGUAAUGAAAAUGAUAACCAAAGUGACAAAAACAAGAAGAAAGAUAAACAUAGUCAUGAAGGCUCAAGUAGCAAUGAAAAACAUACGAAAAAACCUAAAAAGGAGAACGAUGCAAGCAAGGAAAUAGAAAUCACAACGCAACAAAUCACUACACAACACAUAUUGCCAGAGGAUUAUUCCGGAAGCAAGGAGGAUGAUCAGAGCGAUGAAAUUACUAUCCCUAAGAUUCCUCCUGGGAAUCAAUCCAACAGUGAAGAGCACAGUAAUGAAAAUGAUAAUCAAAGUGACAAAAACAAGAAGAAAGAUAAACAUAGUCAUGAAGACUCAAGUAGCAGUGAAAAACAUACGAAAAAACCUAAAAAGGAGAACGAUGCAAGCAAGGAAAUAGAAAUCACAACGCAACAUAUCACUACACAACGCGUCUCGCUAGAGGAAUAUUCUGGAAGCAAGGAGGAUGAUCAGAGCGAUGAAAUUACUAUCCCUAAGAUUCCCCCUGAUAAUCAAUCCAACAGUGAAGAGAACGAUAAUAAAAAUGAUAAUCAAAGUGACGAUAAUAUAAAUGAUAAUCAAAGUGACAAAAACAAGAAAAAAGAUAAGCAUAGUCGUGAAGACUCCGGUAGCAAUGAAAAACAUACGAAAAAACCUAAAAAGGAGAACGAUGCAAGCAAGGAAAUAGAAAUCACAACGCAACAUAUCACUACACAACGCGUCUCGCUAGAGGAAUAUUCUGGAAGCAAGGAGGAUGAUCAGAGCGAUGAAAUUACUAUCCCUAAGAUUCCCCCUGAUAAUCAAUCCAACAGUGAAGAGAACGAUAAUAAAAAUGAUAAUCAAAGUGACGAUAAUAUAAAUGAUAAUCAAAGUGACAAAAACAAGAAAAAAGAUAAGCAUAGUCGUGAAGACUCCGGUAGCAAUGAAAAACAUACGAAAAAACCUAAAAAGGAGAAAGAUGCGAGCAAGGAAAUAGAAAUCACUACGCAAAAAAUCACCACACAACGUGUCUCGCCAGAGGAAUAUUCUGGAAGCAAGGAGGAUGAUCAGAGCGAUGAAAUGACUAUCCCUAAGAUUCCUCCUGGGAAUCAAUCCAACAGUAAAGAGAACAGUAAUAAAAAUGAUAAACAAAGCGACAAAAAAGAGAAUAAAGGUAAACAUAGUCAUGAAGACUCGAGUAGCAAUGAAAAACAUACGAAACACCCUAAAAAGGAGAAAGAUACAAGCAAAGAAAUAGGACUCACAACGGAACGGUUCACUACACAACUCGUCUCGUUAGAAGAAUAUUCCGGAAGCAAGGAGGAUGAUCAAAGUGAUGAAAUUACUAUUCCUAAGAUACCUACUGAGAAUCAAUCCAACAGCAAGGAAAAUGGCAGAAAUGAUGACAGCAGCGAAAGAAAAAUUUCCAGUCCUCAAUUUCCAAUUGAACAUCAAUCGGAAAGCAAGGAGGACAAGAAUAAAAACAGCGACGAAGAUAAAAUAACCACUUCACAGAUUCCAACCAAAGAUGUAUCUGCAAGCAACGAGAAUAACAAAAAUAAUGACGGCAGCGAAAAUAAAUUAACUACCAGUCAUAUUCAAACCGAAAAUUUUUCCGGAAGUAAAGAGAAAAGCGAAAAUAAUGGCGAAAAUGAAUUCACCACCCCUCAGAGUUCAACCGAAAAUCAGUUCACAAAUAAUGAAGACAAUGAGAAUAACAAGAGCAGCGAAAAUAAAAUGAACAUAACUGAAAUUCCCACAGAAAAUCAAUCCGAAAGAAAAGAAAAUAGCGAAAAUAAUGAAAAUAGCGGAAAUAAAAUAACCACCCCCUAUAUUCCAACAAAAAAUCUUUCCGGAAGUAAAGAGGACAACAAAAAUAGUAAUAGCGGCGAAAAUAAAAUAACCACUCCUCCAAUUAAAUCCGAAAGCAAUGAAGACAACAAGAAUAAUAAGAGCAACGAAAAUAAAAUAACCACUCCACAGAUUCCAACCAAAGAUGAAUUUGAAAGUAGCGAAAAUAGCAAGACUAACAUUUGUGGGAAUAAAAUAACUACCCCCUAUAGUUCAACCGAAAAACUUUCUGAAAGUAAAGAGGACAACAAAAAUAGUAAUGACGGUGAAAAUAAAACAACCACCUCUCAGAUUCCAACUGAAAAUCAAUCCGGAAGUAAAGAAGAUAACGAGAAUAAUAAGAGCAGCGAAAAUAAAGUAAUCACUCCUAAACUUUCAACUGAAAAUCAAUCAGAAAGCAAGGAGGACAAGAAUAGGAUCAGCGACGAAAAUAAAAUAACUACUCCACAGAUUUCAACAAAAGAUGAAUCUGCAAGCAACGAGAAUAGCAAGAACAACGAUGGUAGCGAAAAUAUGAUAACUGUUCCUCAUAUUUCAACCGAAAAUCUUCCCGAAGAUAAAAAAGACAAUAAAAAUAGUGAUAGCAACGAAAAUAAAAUAACCACCCUUCGGAUUCCAACUGAAAAACAAUCCGAAAGAAAUGAAGAUAACGAGAAUAACCAAAGUAACGAAAAUAAAACAUCUACUCCUCAACUUUCAACAGAAAAUCUGUCUGGAAGUGAAGGGAAUGGCAAAAAUAGUGAUAGUAACGAAAAUAAAAUAACCACUCCUGAGUUUCCAACUAAAAAUCUAUCGGAGAGCAAGGAGGACAAGAGUAGGGACAACGACGAAAAUAAAAUAACCACUCCACAGAUUCCAACCAAAGAUGAAUCUGGAAACAACGAGAGUAGCAAGAAUAACGAUUGCAGCGGAAAUAAAAUAACUACUUCCCAUAUUCUUACCGAAAAUCUUCCCGAGAGUAAAGAGGACAGCAAAAACAUUGACAAUGACAAGAAUAAGAUAAUCAUUCCUCAGAUUACAACAGAAAGUCAAUCCGGAAGCAAAGGAGACAACGAAAAUAAUAAGGACGAAAAUAAAAUAACCACUCCACACUUUUCAACCAAAGAUGAAUCUGGAAGCAAAGAAACUAAUCCUCAUGUAGCAACUGAAAAUCAUUCCGGAAGUGAAAAGGACAACGAAAAUAUUAGUGGCGGAAAUAAAAUAACUACCCCACAAAUAUCUAUCGAAAAUCAAUCCGGAAGUAAAGAAAACAACGAGAAUAAUAAGAACAACGAAAAUAAAAUAACCACUCCUCAGUUUCCAACCGAAAAUCAAUCGGGGAGCAAGGAAGACAAUAAGAAUAAAAACGACGACGAAAAUAAAAUUACCACUCCACAGAUUCCAAUCAAAGAUAAAUCUGAAAACAAUGAGAAGACAAACAACAAUUGUAACGGAAAUAAAAUAACUACCCCUCAGAUUUCAACCGAAUAUCAAUCCGCAAGCAAAGAUAGUCAGAAUAAUGAAAACUCUGAGAGCGCAAUAUCAACUACACAGAUUCCGUCAGAAAAUGAUCCAGAAAUCGAAAAAAGACCAAAUGAGUUUGUUUCAGAUUGUGUGUCCCCUGGUUUUUUUCCAAAUCUCAAUGAUUGUACAAAAUAUUAUAGAUGCGUGGAAGUAGAAUCGAAAGCAUUGAAAAAGAUAGACUUUGAUUGUCCUCGAGGAACAGUAUGGGAUCAAGAUAAUACAAUUUGCAAUUUUCCAUCGGCUGUAAAACAUUUGUCAUGUAAAAACAAUGAAUCAUCAUCAAAGACGGUGGUUUUAUUCAAGAGAGAAAUUAAUGAUAAUGGAGAAAGUAAUGAUAAUGAAAAACAAACUAUUACUAACUUCUCAACAGCUACCGAACCUCCGACAGAAUCAACUAUUUCUACUGAAUUACCUUAUCCUAUUGGAAAUUUGAUUGGAGAUCAAAUGGAUUUAGUUUGUCCAACUGGUUUCCAACGUCAUCCAAGAUAUUGCAAUCUUUUCUAUCAAUGUACCACAGCAAAUAGUAUACAUACUAAAGUUAUUAUAUUCAUCUGUCCAGAAGGCAGAAUUUUUGAUGAUAAAAAGAUACAAUGUGUGAAUGAAGGAAGCUUCCAUAAAAUUCUAUAUUCGUACAUUAAAUGUAAGAAUUUUGAUUCCUCUGCAGAUAUGUCAAAUGCAUUUCUAAAAGCCCCUACGAGAAAAUUAUGUCCAGGACAAGGUCAUUAUCCUUAUAGUAAAGACAGUUCCGAGGCAUAUUAUAAAUGUAAACGUGAUUCGCAUGGUGUAAUUCAAGGAUAUCUCUUUAAAUGUUCCAAUGGACAAGUAUUUUCAAAUGUUUCAAGACGUUGUGAACGCAUUGAAUACCCAACUUUGCAAACAGAAAAAUGAUAAUAGACAAUUUACGCUAUUUAAAGUAUUUAUCAGUCAUCAUGAAGUAUUUUAUGUAGGUACGACUUUAUUAUCUCAAAAAUAUGGUUAAAAC